AUGGCGAUUAAAAGAAAUUUUUCUCCUAAUAUACGAACUAAAAUAUAUCGUACCGAUGGAAAUAUUUUACAGAAUUAUAUAAAUCAUAAUUUUCAUGUACAAACUGCUCCACCACUUUCACUUCAACAAUAUGCUCGUUCAGUUUCUACUCUACCUGGUAGUGCACCGUGGCAAUCACUUGGCAUUUAUCAUCCACCUAAAUUUCAUUCCUAUUUAUCACCGGAAACACGAAAUCAAUCAAAACUACCUGAAAUCAAACCAUGGAUUUACUCUUAUAGACGAAAAUAUUCUAUACCAAAAUAUUCACUUAAACCUUAUAAAGACAGAAGAUCUAGACCACCUGAACCUAUUUGGCAUCCAAUAAGUCCCUACAUAAAUAAACGUCCAACAUCACUUAGCCCUGAGAAACGAUGGCAAAAACGUAUUCAUGAACCUAUUUGGCAUCCAGUAAGUCCUUACUUAAAUAAACAUCCAACAUCACUUAAUCCAGAGAAACGAUGGCAAAAAAAGAUUCAUGAACCUGUUUGGCAACCAAUCGGAAGUAUACAAUAUAAAUCUUUACCUUAUUUUGAUCCACCUAGUUUAAGAUGGUCACUUCAAAAACUUUUAAAAUCUACGCCCAAUCUAUAA